GGAGUCGCGCAUGCGUGAUGCUACUAACUCGCCAUAUUGAUCUAAAGCAGGAAGAACUCUUCUGAAAUGAGUUUCUUUGGGUUCGGCCAGAGUGCCGAAAUUGAUAUCAUCUUGGAUGGGCAAGAUACAAGGAAGGUAGCAGAAAUCAAGACAGAGGAUGGACGGAAGGAAAAGCAUUUUCUCUAUUAUGAUGGAGAAUCUGUUGUGGGAAAGGUUAAUGUCACACUGAAAAAACCAGGAACGAAGCUAGAACACCAAGGAAUAAAAAUUGAGUUUAUAGGCCAAAUAGAAUUAUACUAUGACAGAGGAAACCACCAUGAGUUCACAUCACUAGUCAAAGAACUUGCCAGACCAGGUGAACUCUCACAAAAUACAAGCUACAACUUUGAGUUUGUUCAAGUGGAAAAACCAUAUGAGUCAUACACAGGAACAAAUGUCAGAUUAAGGUACUUUCUGAGAGUAACAAUAGUGAAGAGGAUAUCAGACGCAGUGAAGGAAAAAGAAAUUAUUGUACACACUUUAUCCCAGUACCCAGAUAUGAACAAUAGCAUUAAGAUGGAAGUGGGCAUAGAAGACUGUUUACAUAUAGAGUUUGAAUAUAACAAGUCAAAGUAUCACUUGAAAGAUGUGAUAGUGGGCAAGAUUUAUUUCCUGCUAGUUAGAAUAAAGAUCAAACAUAUGGAGAUACAAAUUAUCAAGAGAGAAACAACAGGAACAGGUCCAAAUACAUUCAAUGAAAAUGAAACCAUUGCCAAAUAUGAAAUCAUGGAUGGUGCCCCAGUCAGAGGAGAGUCUAUCCCAAUCAGGCUGUUCCUGAGUGGAUAUGACCUCACACCAACCAUGAGGGAUAUCAACAAAAAAUUUUCAGUUCGCUACUACUUGAAUUUAGUAUUAGUUGACGAAGAAGAAAGGAGGUAUUUCAAACAACAGGAAAUAACAGUGUUUAGGAAAGCAGAGAAAGUAAGAAAACCAAUUCAGCAAGCAGCUUAUCAAGGAAAACAUGCACUGAAACAGUUCCAAAGUAAUUCCACACAACAGCAAGCCAAUUCAGACGAAGAAUCCUAGGAAUUGAUGCAGAGUGAAUAGACUUUAGCAGAUGUGAUGUUUUAUAUCAGUUCGUGUACUUCCAGUGUGUGCACAUCAGGAAAUGUCUCCUUAGGCACUGGGACUAGGUCUAUAUGUCCACUGCAGAAAUCAAAGAACCAAAUCAUGGGUGUAUCAUGUAGAGUUUAAGGUUGAGAUUAUAUUUAAGAAUUUUCAGAUUUCCAACAUCUCAAAUUGAUUUUUUUCCCCCUUCAAAUUAUGGAUUUCAUUUAAUUUCUGUAUUUUUUAUUUCAUCAUAUAUAUCACAUUUGUUGUAAUUAAUCUGGAUCACUGUACAAAGUUUCUUGUCAUACUUUUUUCCUCUUAAUAUACUAAUAUUACAUCAGGUUUAUGUUGAAUUCCUUUAGAAGAAAUUGAAUGCAAAUUUUUUUAAAUUCUGUUGUGUGUGCAAUGCAGGGGGUUCUGAGGGCAUGCAUUAAUGUAUCAAGGAGUAGUAUGACUGAAUGCCUGUUACAGGAAUAGCAAACUUGUCAACUGCUUUUCAAGUUUAAUACACAUCAUAAUGUCAUCCUAUGUCAAAAUUGUAUGUUGUGACAAACACUGUUUAUGAAGGUAUCUUUAUAUUGUUUUGUCUGUUAUUGGUUAGUUUAGUUUAAGGAGAUAUUUACAAACAUUCCUGGCUAAAAGCACACAUUAAUUGUAAGUAGUUAAAAUGGACCCUUUACUGGAAGAUUUGGUUCAAGAAUUGUAUAAUCAUUCCCAAUGUCAUUUUAAAAUGAUUGUACAAAAUAAAGGGAAAAGGGAGAUUA